AAAUAUGGCUCCAACAGGAUUACCCAAUUAUGUCGUUGCUUGGGUAUACACACUCACCGGCGCCAACUACAAGCAUUGUUUUACAUGUCUGUUUCGCAACGCUUUUUUCUGUUCGCGAAGAGUUUCAGACCACAGCUAUGUAGUCGGUCACUUAAGACAUCUAGCUCUGCCUUUGGCACUAAAAUGACUGUCAGGGAUGCCCUCAAUUCUGCUAUGCGUGAAGAACUGGAACGGGAUAAAGAUGUUAUUAUUCUCGGCGAGGAAGUUGCUCAGUAUGAUGGUGCCUACAAAGUUACAAAAGGUCUUUGGAAGAUGUUUGGAGAUAGUCGUGUCAUGGAUACACCAAUAACAGAAAUGGGGUUUGCUGGAAUUGCUGUUGGAGCAGCUAUGGCUGGCCUGAAGCCCAUUUGUGAAUUCAUGACUUUUAAUUUUGCUAUGCAGGCUAUAGACCAAAUAAUCAAUUCUGCUGCAAAAUCAGCGUACAUGUCCGCUGGACUAGUGUCAGUCCCAAUUGUUUUCAGAGGGCCGAAUGGAUGCUCAGCUGGCGUCGCCGCCCAGCAUAGUCAGGAUUACGGUGCGUGGUACGCUAGUUGUCCUGGUCUUAAAGUUCUGGCCCCUUACAAUUGUGAAGAUUGUCGAGGUCUCCUGAAAUCGGCCAUACGUGAUCCGGAUCCAGUGGUUCAUUUGGAGAGCGAAUUAUUAUAUGGACAGUCAUUUGAUGUUUCAGACGAUGCAUUGUCUUCAGACUUCUUGAUUCCUAUAGGUCAAGCUAAAGUUGAAAGGGAAGGGAAAGAUGUCACUCUCGUUAGUUACAGUUUAGGUGUGGGUACUUGCCUUGCUGCUGCUGAAGAAUUAUCAAAACUAGGUAUCAGUGCUGAGGUAAUUAAUUUGCGUUCCUUGAGGCCGAUGGAUGAAGAAACAAUAUUUCGCUCCGUUAAAAAGACACAUUAUUUAGUAACCGUAGAAAAUGGUUGGCCUGUAUGUGGUAUUGGUGCUGAAAUAUGUGCUCGCGUCAUGGAAACGGAUACCUUCAACUAUUUAGAUGCUCCAGCUUUACGAGUGACUGGCGCAGAUAUUCCUAUGCCAUAUGCUCUUAAUCUGGAGCGUGCUUCUUAUCCUGAUACACAUAAUAUUGUAACUACUGUAAAAAUGGUUAAAAAUAUUCAGUAAACAGUUAGCUUUUUAACUAAUUAACUGCCUUUCGUACCGGCCAUGCAAGCUACCUACUAGUUUAUUAUAUAAAAUUUUCUUUCACUAUUGAUGCAUCUCAGUAUACUUAUGAUUUGUAAAAUUUAAUGUGUUCCACUGUUACAACAACUACUAAUACUACUUAUUUAAAUGUCUAGCAAUUUUGCCUCGGCUGUUGUUUUGCAUAAAAUUAUAUCAGUUAGUUAAUAAAGUAUUUUUUAUUACUUCA